UGUGCUGCAGAGCGAAACAAAUCUGACGUGUAGCGGCACACAAAGAGGAAGAGGAGGAUUUUCCUGUCAGUCAAACUGCUGCUGGUCUGAUUCCAUCCAGCUGCAGAAUGGAGGGAACAUGUGUCCAGAUGCUGCUGGCUCUGAUCUCACUGCUGUGCUGCACAACAAACGGAGGUUAGUAAACUUGGAGGAGAGAUCUGUUUACACAUGAAGCCAUAACAAAGGUGGAGGUGAGUUCCAGCAACAGUGAGGCAAACUGGAUGAACCGGUAUGAAACUAUGAGGAAGCUGAACGUCCUCCUCUGUCCUGAGAAGUCACCCUGAAGCUGAUUGUGUAACAACUUUCUCUGUAGGUGAAGUGCGUCAAAGCGUCAGUGGCUGAUGAAGGUGAAAAACCUUUUAAAGAGUCUCUUAGUUUGAGCUUGUUGCAGUUUGACAGGAAGAUGAAGAUGUUUGUGGUGCUCCUCAUCCUCCUGCACGGGUCGUGGCUGAUGUUUCCUUCUGGAUCUCUGCGGGCCGCUUCCGCUUGGUGAAUCCGCUGCUCCACAAGCCGCAGGGUCUAGCUGGCGUAGCGCUCCGAGGAUGCGUAAACACUCCAGAGUUGUCUUAUCUACAAAGCCAAAGUUUCUGGAUGGUCGUAAAUCAAGCAGCUGCUGGCUUUCCCAGCAUGCCUUGCCUGGUGUGGUGGAGGUGAAUGAGGGGGCGGAGUCAGUCUUGCUGCCCUGUCGGUACUCUGGUUUUAUUGAAGACAACCCCACAGUCUUGUGGACUCGCAGUGAUCUCAGUCCCACAUCUGUCCACCUGCAAGGAGAAAAGGGUGCUCUGAAAGAACAAAACCAGCGUUACAGAGGACGCACAUCAGUGAUGUCUGAUGCUUUUGAUACUUCAGAUUUCAGCCUCACUCUGAGAAAACCAGAACUGUCUGACAGCGGUGAUUAUACCUGCUCCUUCAGAGAUGACCGAGCUACAUGGUGGGUGGCUGAUGUCCAGCUGAUGGUCAAAGACCAUCAGGUGGAGGUGAAGGUGACUGAGGGGGCGGAGUCUGUCAUCCUGCCCUGCAGAACAACACCUGACCUGCCCAAAGACGUUACUGUGGAGUGGACUCACUCUGAUCCAGAUUUAAUGAUGGUUCAUGUUUAUCCAAACACAAGUAAAGACUUUAUGAAGCAGAGCAUAUUUCACAGAGACCGUACAGAGAUGUUCAAAGACCUGCUGAGUUCUGGAGACGUCAGUCUGACCCUGAAACACCCCACAGACAGAGACACGGGAAGCUACAUCUGCACCGUCUACAGAGACAAAGACAUCCUGAGACAGAAAGUAGUUCUGAUGCAUGGCAAAGAACCAUUUCCAUCUUGGGCCACAGCUGUUCUGGUUCCCCUGGUUCUGGUUCUUGUCAUUUCUGCUGGUGUUUUAUAUCAUUUUAGGUUCUAUUUCAUGUCAGUCUGUCAGGUGGAGGUGGAGGAGGGGGCGGAGUCUGUCCUGCUGCCCUUCAGAACUACACCUGAUCUGCCUGGAGAUGCUGAAGUGGAGUGGUGGCGCUUGGAACCUAAACCAAGAAUCUAUUGCCACGUUUACCAGGACGGUUCUGAUCAACCUGGAAAACAGGACCAGGUCUACAGAAACAGAACUAAGAUGAAUCAAGAUCCUCUGAAAACUGGAGACUUCAGUCUGAUUCUGGAUCAUCCCAAACAUGGAGACAGUGGACGGUACAGAUGUGGAGUGAAGAGGGAAGGAGGUUUCAUCAGAUAUAAAACAGUUCUGCUCAACGUCAAAGGGAGAGUUCAGGUCCAGGAUCAGAGGACAUCAGGAACAGAAGCAGAUCCGACUCCUCUGAUGGCUGAUCAAUCAGUCUGAUCUUUGAUUAUUGAUCCAAUCUGACUUUGGAUCAGAGAGAAAAUAUCAGUGAAGGAUCUGAUGGACGAUGGAUGAAGAGAGGACUUGUUCCAGCCUGCAGACGUAGUAUUGAUCAGUAGUGAUCAGUGAUGUCAGAGUGGAGUCAGUGUGAUGUCAUAUGUUGAUCAGCUGUGUGUUUUGGACUCCAGCAUCUUGUUGUUUGUUUUAGACUCUUAGUGUCAUGAAGGCGUCCUGCCGUAGAUCCUGUUAACUGUGACAGAGGUCUCACUCUGGACCAAACUUUCCAGCAUCGUGGAGGACGUUCCCUCACCGUAACAUCUGGAGGAAGAGGAGAGGGAACUUUCCAGAUGUUCCCUCACCGUAACAUCUGGAGGAAGAGGAGAGGGAACUUUCCAGAUGUUCCCUCACCGUAACAUCUGGAG